CUUAAAACCAAAGAGCGCAUCACAGGGAGAUGCAUGGUUUGAUCAAACAGACACACACACACACACACACACACACUCGCUUUGGAUUGUAAGAUAGCAGUGGUACUGAAGAAGCUGCAGCAGCUGGGUGGAUGAGACGGAACUGCAAGAAGUUACUUUUAAGGGUGUUAAUCGUGAUGCGUAAAAUGAAAGUGGUGCGUAAUUGUCUGCAUGAGCUCAUUUGGAUAAGGUGGUAGAUGAUAUCAACAUUUUAAAAACGGAAAAGUUGACUGGCAAACUAGCUCUGAACUAGUGUCAGAGGCAAAAGUCUACCCUUGGCACGGAUGCUGUUGGAUGUCGCCCCGGAUCUGCGCUCCUGCUUCUGUCUCUUUGAUCUCAUUUGAGCCAUGGCUUACUCUCCGCUGGGAUACUCCUACUCCACCACACCGCAGUUUUUGAUGACCUCCAGCUCUCUGGCCGGUUGUCUGGAGCCGGGAACUCCUCCGUCACACCCGGUGCUGCGCUCCCCGAGCCACCAGCUCACCUCUGGCACCGGCAUUGGAGUGUACAGCGGCCCUUAUCCAAAGAGCCAAGGUUACUAUAACACCUGCACCAGCGACGCCACCGCCCUCUAUACGAGAGGGCCACUAGAUCCCAAAGACGGAGCUGCAUCUGUGCAUGUGGGGACAUCUCAGACUCCUGCCUACUAUCCCUAUGAAUAUACAUUUGGACAGUAUCCCUAUGACAGAUAUGGGUACUCCUGCUCUGACGGCGCUUCCCGUCGUAAAAAUGCCACCCGAGAGACCACCAGCACACUAAAGGCUUGGCUGCAGGAACACCAGAAGAACCCCUACCCCACAAAGGGAGAGAAGAUAAUGCUUGCUAUCAUUACCAGGAUGACGCUUACCCAGGUGUCUACUUGGUUUGCAAAUGCACGCAGAAGGCUGAAGAAGGAGAACAAGGUGACGUGGUCGCCACGGGCUUGUAAAAGCUCUGAUGACCGAGGUUGUGAUGAUGACAGUGAUGAAGCUGAGAAGCCACUUAAAAAUGACAAAGACCUUCCUGACCAACAGUGUGCAGACCUGCAGAGUGACCUUGAGGACUUCGACCUUCUGGAGUCAGAUGGUUCUGACUGUGAACCGAAGCCACAGUUUCUUUCCGAGGACAAUGACGCAAACCCAAACACAGACCUCCCACAUGGGCAUCUCACACACAACCCAGACCCACUGCACGGAAAAGAGAGAUUGUCCCCAGACUGCCCCAAACUUUCACCAGUCCAACAGCAAAACAACACCUUCUAUCCUAAUCCAGACCUCCGAAGCAGAGAUAACAAGCCGAAAAUUUGGUCCAUUGCUCACACUGCUGUAUCUUUGGAUGCCAGCUUGCAGCCAGAAUACCCUCCCUGUAUGCUGUCGUCAACUGGGUCCUCCUCUCCUGGGUAUCCAUCAAAUAUGGCGCUAACCAAGGCAGACAGGCAACAGGAAUCACCAGUCGCUACGCUCAGAGAAUGGGUGGAUGGAGUUUUCCACGGUCCUCCUUUCCAACAGCCCAAACCAGCUGAGGUGUGGAAAGGCUUAAAUGAUGCCGUGAUAGACAGCAGAACAUCUGGACAAUCCUUUGAACUUGUUAGGCCUACGUCAUCUUUGUAGUCCAACCUACACACCAUCGACGGAAUAUUUCAAAGACUGUUGGAGUUAAAACUCUAUAUUUUGUUGUUGUGACCAAUUGACCACUCGCUAAGCCCCACUAAGCUUUCCAUUCUGGCACAUAUGCAGUUUACAGUGAUAAUGCUGGCACAUUUACCAAUACAUUUUUGAAAAAAUGGGAUUCUAGACAGAGGCAGACAAAAGUAGGUUUCUUUUUCCUAACUUGUAACAACAAGUUAAUUUUGCCAUCUGAAAUGAAAACUUUGGUGGCAGAGUUUAUUAGCUCUAUGUAGCCAGCAAAUUAAGCUAAUGUUAUCUGAAUGAGUUCAUUAUAAAACCUGAACCUUGUAACAAAGGGGUCUUAAAUAUGCUUGUUGGCUACAUACUUCACAGACUUUUAAGACUGAGGCUAAAGCUUCAUGGCCUAGGCAAAAAGUCAGCAUAUCCAUAAGUUGAUGAUCCCCGUAGAAGACUAACCAAUGUAUCUGGAAAAUGUAAUGCUAUCUCAGGUAACUUUGGCUUGGUUUGCUGGAGUGUAAACUUCCCCACAUCCAUUAAAGAGCAGGACAUAACAUUAGCCAAAACUCUAAUAGAAACUGAGCCCAGUUACGAUUGCUAAACAACUGUUAUUUGGGGUAGGGGUUUAGCGAAUGGUCAAUUAACAAUUUAUGAUCCUAUUUUGGUAUUUGGAUAGGCCCUAACCCUCUUCCAACUAAACACAUAUGGGCCCCAUUAAUAGUCAAAUGUCUUGGAGCAAACAACUGUCACCACACAUGUUUCUGCAGCAAGGUUGUACGGUUCACACAUAUGAAAAAUAUACAAUAUUGUACACUUGCACUAUAGCCUGCACAUGCACUGAGUCACAAAAAUAAAAGGUGUAUUCCGUA